GCUCGAUUGAACUGUUCAGUUCCUGGAGACUCCUUCUUUUACUUUGAUGUUCUUCAGUCUCUCACCAAUGUGCUGCAGAUCAAUCAGAGACCUGCAGUUAUCGGAGUCUUCACCACUCAGGCCAACAGUAUCCCCGGCUCAGCAGUUUGUGCCUUCUACAUGGAUGAUAUUGAGAAAGUCUUCAAUGGAAAGUUCAAAGAGCAGAGGACCAGCGACUCAUCCUGGACUCCAGUACCCGACGAGAACGUUCCCAGACCGAGGCCCGGUACCUGUGCGGGCGAUGGUCAAGCUUCAGAUUACAAAUCGUCGGUACAGUUUCCUGACGAGAUGCUGACCUUCAUCAAGUCCUAUCCUCUGAUGGACGAAGCUGUACCCUCAGUCAACGACCAUCCCUGCUUCACCAGAACAUCCAGCAGGUCCAAGUUGACCCAGAUUGUGGUGGACGUUUCAGCCGGCCCUAACAAGGACCGGACAGUGAUGUUCCUGGGCUCAGACGAUGGACGAGUCCUCAAAGUGUUGGCUAGCACCCAUCCAAACGACAGCUUUGGAUCCAAACUGCUGGAGGACAUCGACGUCUACAACCCGUCAAAAUGCAAYGUUCAGGGUCAGGAGGACAGGAGGGUUCUGGGCUUGGAGCUGGAUAAAGACCACCACGCCUUGUUUGUAGCGUUCACCAGCUGUGUCAUAAGAGUUCCUCUCAGCCGCUGCACCCAACACGGAGCCUGUAAAAAAGCCUGCCUGGCCUCGCGGGAUCCUUACUGCAUCUGGCUUCGCACUGGGAGUUGUGCCAACAUGGCGCCAGGCUUCAAGGCAGGGUUUGAGCAGGACAUCGAAGGUGACCAUUUGUUUGACUCCAACAGCUGUCACACUGAUGUGCUGGCGACGACACGGAACCAGGAGUCUGCUGUCGACUCUGCUUACGGUGUUCGUCGUCUUCCUGAAACAGACCAGCAUGCCAACRCGAACGUCCACUACACCUUGCUGAUUGCUUGCGUGCUGGUGGCGUUCUGUCUGGGAGCCAUCUUGUCAGGUUUCCUGGUGUCGUGUUACUGCAGCCGCAGCGCCGAUCACCGGGCGAGGAGGCUGGGAAAAGAUCCCGAGGCGUCCCUGCCUCACGCGCUGUCGCUGCGGUCUCUCGCCAAGCUAAAUGGGCUGCUGGAGGGACAGCCGAAGGAUGAGAAACUGGAUGUAUCAACACCGAAAAUGUACAGCUCCUUCAUUCCYAACGGGCGAGCUGAGCCUCAUCUCCACACCCCCAGACACCAGGGUCUGCAGCUGGGAGACCCCGACCUCAACCUGUCCCAGUCUCUGUCUCAGGGCGAUGGAGAACUCUCCGGCCUGCCUACGCCUGACUCCACCCCAGAGCUCCCCAUCAAGAGCAUGAGAGCGCUGCGGCACCAUCAGUACGAGAAGAACCAAAACUGCAACAACGCCAAGGAGAAGUCCGGCCCCAGCUGCUCCUCCUCCGGUCAGGGUUUCAUGGCCGUCGUGGGGAAUUCUUUAAGUCAGCAAGUGUUUCCCUUCUCUCAUCAAAACGGCAACAGUCUGAGCAACGGAGCAGCCCACGGGGCAGGCGCCUCCUCGACCUCGCUGCACCUCCCGGAGGAGAGGCGGAUCUCAAGCGAUGAGCACGCAGCAGCUGCAGGAGGAGGAGGAGGCGGUGCGGUUUCACAUCACCACCAUUCCCAGCAGUCCCUCCCUCAGACGGUGGUGGACGUGUCGGCGCUGGACGAGCUGCUCAAACACAUCCACGAGGUCAGCGCGUCGGGAACCGGGGGCAUCAAGGUCCUCACCUCCACCUCCUCGUCCGCUCUGUUUCCGGCGUCUUCCGGAGGACACGGUCACAAUCAUCACAACCCCCACCAUCAUCACAACCCCCACAGCCAAACGCGCACACACCACUACAACCACAGCCACCACCACAGCAACCAUCACAACAACAACAGCAGCAGCAGUCACCAUCACCAGCAGCCCAUCCCAGAAACAGAGUCGACUUCUUAUUACAGCACCUCCACGCUGCCGAGGGACGGCCUCCCCAAACACCUGGACGCCGUGCCUCAAAGCUCCACCUCCUCCUCGGCCACGUCCUCGUCGUCCUCGUCCUCGUCCUCCAACAACCCCACCUCCUCCACCUCUGUCCCCUCUUCAUCCUCCUCCUCUUCCUCCACCCCGCUCCAGCAGCAGGUGAUCCCGGARCGACCCGGAGGGGGCGCCGUCUCCGUGGCGCGCCACCAAUCUCAGCGCCACUCCCUCAUCAAGAUGGGCGCGGCAGGGGGGGCGGUCCCCCGCCACCACAGCUUUAACCAAAGGGGCACGCACGUGCACUUUCUGGCCAGGAUGAACACCAACAGCAGCAGCAACGGCCCCCCGGGCCCCAGCGCCACCGCGGCCGCCGCCAACACYAACGCCAGCAACAACAACGAGAGCCAGAAAGCGUCGAUCGCCAGCGCCUGCCUCACGCGGCAGCACAGCUACAGCGAAGGGCCUCACGUGCAGAGGGCGGCGGUGGUCCGGAGAACUGUGUCGCUAAAACCGCAAGUCCCGCCAAAACCGCUUUUUCUGCCAAACACAGCGACGUCGUCGGUAACAGAAGCAGGAAAAUACAACUACUGAGACUUCAGGUGGAAGAGGUGCCGUUCAGGCACGGCUKCAACAAUCGCCACCGAGGAAGCCCCUUCCAAGAUGUCUGCCGGGCCUGGGCGAAAYGAGAGCACCGAUCGGCCCGAAAGACACACACACACAUAAAAAAACACUUCUGUUCUUGUGACUCGUCACAACCUUUCAGUUGUACUUUUUGUCAUGCUGCUGAGAGAAUGCCAACAAACCUGCUUCUUUGCAGGACGGGAACUCUCCUUUCACCACAAACUGUGGAUCAAAUCCAGCUCAGACRAGAGACAUCUGAGAAACACUUCAGAAGCGGGGCGAGGGGUGUUAAUGAUCCAAAAGGAAUCCCCCCAGGCUCGGGGGGGUGGCCUGAAAAUAAAUCUUGAUUAAUGCAGUUUUCUUAUGAGUGCUUUGAUCUGAUKUCCCCACUUGUUGCACCUUGGAACUGGAUUGCAUUUGCAAAUAUUUAAAAAGCAGGGAAUUGGAYGAAUGCAGACCUGACAUGAACUGAAGCCUGCUGGAUUACUUGCAGUACAAAUGGUGAGAUAUCUUUACACAAAAGCAAUCAAACAGAAGUCAGACAUGGAAAAAGAAAAGAAAUACAACUUUCAUAAGAAAUCCAUUUGUUUUCAAACCUGGACUGGAAAAAAGAAAUUUGAGAAAGUUUACUCUUCUGUCAUGUCGGGAGGAAAAAAACGAGUCUUUAUGUUCAUGAACAAGGCUUUAAGGUACUUUAUGCAGACAACACAAUGAUUCUGAAGAAAGUCAGAACUAGCAUUUACUAUAUUGCCUGAGCUAGGAGAUUCCAGCUAAUUAUCAAACUCCAGCAAACACAAAGAUGCACAUUAGCAUUAACUCCAACAUAAACACAAACUGCACCCGUUACUUAAUAUCGGAGGGAAAAAGCAUCAAGCUGAGGAGAUGAUCAAAGAUUUCUGAUGAGCUGUUCCCGCUAAUUAUUAAUUUAUGGUUCGGGACACUUUACAUGCCUUUAUUGAUCUGUUUUAUGUUCAAAUGACUUAAUUGGUUGACAUAAAAUAUUAAUUACCCUCAUCGCUUAAUUGGUUCUCUCACUUUGAGCGCCUUAUUUCUUUUCUCUUGAACAGCGUGACAUCUGCACCGUUUUUUUUUUAGAACCUGUAAUUUGGUGUCAAAAACGUGUUAAAACCAAACUGUUUUAAAAGCUCUAAUGCUUUUAGGCUUUUUGAUUGAAUAAUUUGAGGUAUUUGUUUAUCAGAAAUGAUUUCCCAUCAUCAGCUGAGCACAGGAUUAAACAGAGUAUGAUCUUAAAAAUCAAGUCAAACUAAUAAAUUAGAACUCUUCUAAUGCAGCUGUUUCCAGGAUCCGGUUGCCAGCAUUUUCUCAUUAGUUCUGAACUAGAUCUACGGAUUGGAAAUGUACUCACUUGUUCAAGAACCAAAAGCAAGUAGACUCAAAUUUAAUAUAUUUUUACAAAUUCUAAAUAACUUAAYGAUGGUGGAGGAUUAUAUUUGGUUGUGUGUUAUUUCCAAAUUAAUAUUUAGGGGGAAUUAAAUGUCUGCACCAACUGAUGUUGCCUUCUUGGAGCUCAAAAUGACCUGCAUGACAACUUGUAUACAUUUAACUCAAAUAUAAGAUCAGUGUUUUCUCAAAUAAAAUAUAAUAUCAGAA